CAUUUAGAGGCUAUCAGUACAGAGGAGGGAGGCAGGUAGGAGAGAGAGCAGCCCGGAGGGUUCGCUACUUGGAGCGUGGAAAAGACCAUCUAAAAAUGACAAGGGGAAAUCAGCGGGAACUUGCCCGCCAGAAGAACGCCAAGAAGCAGAAUGAGCAGAGCAGGGGCAAGAGGAACGAAGACGGCCUCUCAGCCGCUGCCAGGAAGCAGAGGGAUGCAGAGAUCAUGCAGCAGAAGCAAAAAAAGGCUAAUGAGAAACCGAAAGAACAAUCUAAAUAACCCAAUGAAAACAUUGCUUCAGACAAAACUUCAUUUUUACAAGAUUCAGUCUCUGGCACAGUGUUCUUGGAAUUAAAAGAUGAGAUAAUGUUUUGUUUAAGUACCAUUGUAUAGAUCACUUACAUUCUUGUAAUCUUUCUUAUAGGGGGAUUAUGUGGUUUGUAGUUUCAGAUGGCUGCCUUCUGGCUUGAGAUUGAGCUGCAAGGGUUAUGAAAGACACCCAGCUACAGUGUGCGCACAUGUGAGCAUGCAUAGGUUUCACCUGUUAUGAACAGAAUUUAAACCAUAAAAGCAAAAGGAGCAGACUGCCUUGCUUGGAGCUACAUAACCUUGUAUUUUUGUAUCAAACUUUGCCCCCAACAUGUAAUUAUUUAAUAAACUGUAGCUUUUUAGGUCA